UGGAGCAAAGUAAACGCAGAACAAAGCUAAACUAACUUCCAACAGUUGAACACUGUUAACAGAAAAACAUGUUGUUGCAAAGUUGGGGCUCUCCAUCUGCUUCUUUAAGAUUCUGCAGAAGACAUAACACUUCAAUUUACAACAAUCCAACAACUAAAAUCCUCAUAUAUCCUUGUCCUAGAAAACAUGGUAGAUGUUUUUCUUCAUCUUCUUUGUCCUAUAAACCUUUGCCUAAGUUGCUGUGUCUUCAUGGGAUUGGAAUAGAAGACAUUACUGAUGUUAUCCAUAACAAGGUUUUGGUUGCAGCAGCGGUGUCUGCAGCUGUUGGUCAGCUGAUGAAGCCUUUUACUUCAACUCUAUUUUAUGGCAAUGAGUUCAAUUUCAAGACUGCCUUACAGGCUGGUGGUUUCCCUUCUACACACUCAUCUGCAGUAGUCGCCACAGCCACUGCCCUUGGCUUAGAAAGGGGCUUUUCAGAUUCGAUUUUUGGUUUAGCAGUAGUUUACGCUGGCCUUGUGAUGUAUGAUGCACAGGGAGUUCGAAGGGAAGUAGGCAUUCAUGCAAAAGCGUUCAAUAAAGCUUUGUUCAGAAAUCAAAUAAACUCAGUUCCAUCUAAUAACGAACUUGAUGUUUUGACGGAUUCUAUACAAGAGAAAUUAUCCUCAGGUACAGAGAGCCCUGAUCCUCGAUUAUUAGACGAAUCAAGUCCUUUUCAACCAAGGUUGAAAAAUGUUACUCUAUUGCUUAAACCUGAUGAAAGAAGAGUCUCAUCUACUUUUGCUCCAUUGAAAGAACAAGUUGGUCAUACAGAGGUUGAAGUCAUAGCUGGUGCAUUCUUAGGAUUCUUUGUGAGUUUGGCGGUAAGUUUGACGUGACCCCUCAGUCCUUAGUGUUUACUUUGCAUUACUUUGGCCAAUGAGAUACCACAGUAAAUCUGUAUACGGUAUAACUUACAAUGUAAAAUGCAACUAAAUCCUUCUAUAUACCAAGAAAAUUUCACAAGCUUAUCUUCAUGCA